CUUCUUCUCGCGUUAUACUUUUUCUUCUUUCGCAGAUCUUCUCAAAUGGCCGAACAAGCUUCAAAAUCCAUUUACGAUUUCACUGUCAAGGAUAUCCGUGGAAAUGAUGUGAGUCUGAGUGAGUACAGUGGGAAGGUUCUACUGAUUGUCAAUGUUGCUUCACAAUGUGGUUUGACUCAAACAAAUUACAAAGAGUUGAAUGUGAUAUACGAUAAGUACAAGAAUCAAGGGUUUGAAAUCUUGGCAUUUCCAUGCAACCAGUUUCGUGGACAGGAACCCGGAUCCAGUGAAGAAAUUCAGAAUGUUGUUUGCACAAGGUUCAAAGCUGAAUUUCCAAUCUUUGAUAAGGUUGAAGUCAAUGGAAAGAAUGCGGAACCACUUUACAAGUUUUUGAAGGGUCAGCAAGGUGGAAUAUUUGGAGAUGGUAUCAAGUGGAACUUCACAAAAUUCUUAGUAAACAAACAAGGGAAGGUUGUGGACAGAUAUGCUCCUACCACUGCUCCUCUGAAAAUCGAGAAGGACAUCGAGAAGCUUAUAAAGUCUUCUUGAUUACUAAACUCUGAUUCUAUAAAACAUUGUAUGUUGCAGAGGAUAUGGAGAAUCUGUCCAAUACUUUCAUAGGACAAGGAGCUUAUCCCAGUUAAUUUAUGGACCUGAAAAAUUCUUAAUAUGUUGUGUAUUUGGGUUAUGCAGUAAGCACAAUCUGGUGUUCUCACUCUUUUUAGCAAAAUAAUAAAACAAUGUAUUGGCUGCAAGUUAUUUUUAUUCCAUAUGAUUCAUA